UGAACGUGAGUUACGCUAAAAGGAAGAGGGAAGAACAAAUCAGUAGUUUGAGACGUGUGUUAGCGAUGGCGAUGGCGAUGGCGGUCAUGCAAGGAGAUGAGGCCAAUGAGGAGUUGAAAGCCCAAGCCCAUAUAUGGAACCAUGUAUUUAACUUCAUUAAUUCCAUGUCCCUCAAGUGUGCCGUUCAACUAGGCAUACCAGACAUCGUUCACGGCCAUGGCCAUCCCAUGACUCUCUCCCAGCUGGUGGCCGCACUUUCGAUCGCUCCUGCUAGAGCGGCUCAUGUGGGCCGUUUCAUGCGUUUGUUGGUCCACUCGGGCUUCUUUGCCUUACAAAAAAUCAACGGUGAUCAAGGAGGAGAUGAAGAAGGAUAUGUGCUGGCACCACCUUCUAGGCUCCUGUUGAAGGACACUGCGACAUGCAUGUCGCCGUUUUUGCUGGUGGUGCUAGAUCCAGUUGUAGUAAUGCCGUGGCAUUUCUUGAGCACUUGGCUCGUAGGGGAUGAUCCAACAACAGCCUUCAAGACCGCACACGGUAUAGACAUGUGGGACCACAUGGCGCAGAGCCCUAAGCUUCAUAACUUAUUUAAUGAGGCCAUGGCUAGCGAUGCUCAGAUAGCCAUGAGCAUAGUUGUUAAAGAGUGCGGUCUGGUCUUCCAAGGGUUGCGAUCAUUGGUCGAUGUCGGAGGCUGCACAGGAACUGCCACCAGAGCUAUCGCCAAUGCGUUCCCACACGUGAAGUGCACCGUGUUUGAUCUCCCACACGUGAUUGCGAGCGUGCCAAAGAGUAAGAACGUAGAUAUGGUUGGAGGGGAUAUGUUUGAGUCCAUUCCUUGUGCGGAUGCAGUUUUCCUCAAGUGGAUUCUACACGAUUGGAGUGAUGAAGAGUGCGUGAAGAUUCUGAGACGGUGCAAGGAAGCGAUCCCUUCAAAAGAAGAGGGUGGGAAGGUAAUUAUUCUGGACAUGGUCGUGAACAUGAAAAAUGGAGAUUACAAGUCAACUGAGACACAAUUCUGCUUCGAUCUAUUGAUUUUGGUUCUCUUUGGUGGUAAGGAGAGGGGUGAGCACGAAUGGCGAAAAAUCUUCAUUGAUGCCGGUUUCACUCAAUACAAGAUUUCACCUGUCCUUGGUAUGCGGUCCAUUAUCGAGGUAUAUCCAUAAUUAUUUGAUGGUUUG